AUGUCAGAUGGAUUUCCUUUUGAUACACCGCAACACCCCGCCAUCUCCAACCUCGAUAUCAUCAUGUCAGAAAAAGGCCCUCUAGGUAGCAUACCACCAGAUCCUCCAACAUACGAAGAUGCCACAGCAACCAGCACCACAACAACCAUGACAACUACAACGACAGCACGCCCCCCUCAACCCCGACCACCAUUCCCCCUCUCCCUCCCAAUCCUCCAUCAACUCCGCACCAAACGCGUAAUCCUCGCCUCGCAAUCCCCGCGUCGCAAACAAAUAAUGUCCUUCCUUGGUUUCCCAAACCUCGAAAUCAUCCCCUGCACCGAACCAGAAGAUUUCCCCAAAACAAUGGGUCCUAUCGACUACGUCCUUGCGACAGCCACAAAAAAGGCUCAAACCAUAUACAGACAGGAAGUCGAUAAUGCGGAAAAGGGGGAACCGGGGUUAAUAUUAGCUGCAGAUACGAUUGUGGUUGAUUCCGCGCACGGAGAUAUGAUACUCGAAAAGCCGAGGUCGGAAGCGCAUCAUGUUGCAAUGUUGAAGAGUUUGAGGGAUGGGCGGAAUCAUGUUGUUUAUACUGCUAUUGUGGCCAUGGUACCUCUAGCCAGUGCGCGGAUGCCGGGGUACGCGAUUGAGUCGCAUGUGGAAGAGACCAGUGUACAAUUUGAUCCGGAUGUUACGGAUGAUUUGAUUGUGGCGUAUGUCAAGACGAGAGAAGGCGCGGAUAAAGCUGGUGGGUAUGGGUUGCAGGGGCUUGGGUCGAUAUUGGUGAAUAAAAUUGAGGGGAGUUAUGAUAAUGUAAUUGGAUUGCCGUUGAAGGCGACCUUGCAGCUUAUUCAGAAGACGGUUAUGAAGGCUGAUGAUGAUGAGUUGUUGCCGGAAGAGGAUGGGUUGGAUGAGGACGAGUUUGAGGGUUGA